CGUGGUGUGUAAUGAAGUUCUCAUCGCGUGGUACAGUAAUAAAGUUCCACGCUCUUUUUAGUUAAAAUUUUAUUAAAGAAACAUUGAUUUAAAACGUGUAGUGACGUUAACAGUUUUACCUAAAAUAUUUAUUGCAAAUAAAGGAUUAUUAGUACAAUCGACAAUGUGGAAAAGUUCGAGAAUCCAUCGAAAAUCUACGCAGCUAAUGUCACUGAGAAGACAUCGGAAUAUAAACAAAAAUAGUAAUGAAACAUUUGGCAAGUUGAGUGGUCGACAGAGGCAUAGGGCUUGAAACGAAAGUAAGAAUAAUGCGAAGAUAAUACUGGAGGACAGAAAUCGAGCACAAGUAUCAGUUGAAUUUAAUGCCGCAUCUCUGAGUCAAAUAUGAAUGACUGUGAUUUACAUGACGACAAAAUAAAAGGAACUUUUAUUGCCGAUAAAGAUUCAAUUCCUCGAGAAAAUAUUGGAGAUUUAAUUUUAAAUGCAUUCAAAUCUAAACCGCAUUUCAUCGGACAGGUGGAUGCGGACAAGGAAGAGGUAAUUACAUUCGAGCAAAUGAGAGAAAAUAGCGUAAAGUGUGCACUGUGGCUGAAAAAAGCAGGUAUAAAGAAAGGUGACGUAAUAGCAAUAUGCACGCGUAAUCCGUCAAUCGUCUACGUGCCAUUUCUAGCGAGCAUAUAUAUCGGUGCUACUGUAACUCCGUGGGAGCCAAAGUAUUUCGAAGAUAUAAUUCGAGUUAUGUAUUUCCUACUGAUAAAUGAGCCAGAUGUAGUCUUUGUCGAUGCCGACAACUUUUACGACCUCCUCGCAAGUAUCGUAAUCUUAAAAGAUAUUGAAAAAAUAAUUAAAAUCGUAACCAUCGAUGAGAUGAAAUAUUCAAUUAAGUUUAACUCGCUGGAAAGUAUUCUAAACGACAACUUCGAUAAAGCCGAAAUCGAUAAUUUUUCCUGCGAGAAGAUCAAUGCGAUCCAUAAUGUCGCAAUUAGUACGUUUUCUUCUAGUGAGCAAACAUAUCCCGGUCAAGCGCACGUUCCUUACAUAGCGUUCACAUCUCCGUCAAACAAGCAGACACCUGUUAUGUUUCCCGGUGAUGUUGGCUUGUGGUACGAGUCUCUAUGCUGGACUCACGGUCCGCUUUUGACCGUCCAUGCUAUACUUUCAUAUGCGACGGUGAUAAAAACUACAGUACUUAGCGAAAGAAAUUUGUACGAGACAAUACAAAAGUAUAAGGUAACGUGGGUAUUUCUAACAAGUAAUAUGUGCAAUCAAUUGUUUCAAUCUGACGAUGACUUUGCUUCGGAGUACGAUAUAUUUUCCUUGAAGACACUAUUAUUCGAUAAUUGGGACAUACGCUUUGAUAUUUACAAAAAACUUCGUUCAAAACUACCGUACACAUCCAUCGUUCAAGUAUACAGUAAACCAGAAACUGGCGUGCUCACUUAUCACACAGACGCUGAUAAAUUAACCGGAUUUAUGAUAAACUGUUUAGGUCGUUUAGCUAAAAAUGUUGAAUUAGCGUUCCUUACUAAAGAGAUAAAAGAAGAGGGUCCAGGCUGUGCUUCCUUCAUCUAUUGCAAAACUCCGUAUGCAAGACGCUGUUACAAACAUAAAAAAAAAGAGCUGUGGCAAGAUACCGGAGAUAGAGGUUGUUAUACUAAAGAUUUGCAAGCCUUCUUCUUCAAUAAUGAACACGACAGUGUUAUUAAAUAUAAAGGAAAUUAUAUCCUGUCACGAAUUAUCGAAGACAUAAUAAAAUCUCAUCCGGCUGUGUCUGAGGCCAUCGUAAUAGCUGUGCCACAUCCUAUUGAUAAUCAGCAUCCGUUAGCUUUCGUUCAGAAAAAGCCCGGAGCAAAGGUGACGAAAAGAGAACUACUAGAAUUUGUGGAAAAAUUAUGUAAAAAGGAGAACAUUGAUGACUAUAAUCUUCACGGAGGUUUGCAUUUUAUUACGCAUAAGCUUCCACGGCUUCCCAAUGGAAAAAUUGAUCGACGAUUAGUUCGAAAUACCCCGAUUAUUAGAAUUGGAAGAAUUAAUGACUAAUUAUUACUUUAUGACAAUUUCUUUUGAAUAAUAUUCUUAUGAAUUUUAAUCAGAAAUUUAAUUUUUUAAUUCUGAAAUAUAUAUGUAAAUAUCUAAUAUGCUACGUAAUAAUGCUAUAAUAAUGUGCUAUACUAUUAUACGAUCAUCUAUAUUAGAUUGUAUAAUAGUGAAAAUAGAAAGCUCCAAUAUAUACUUGUGUUAUUUGUAAUGAAAGACGCAAUAAAAAAAAGCGAUAUGCUUUCUUGUGAUUGGAUUUCAUUAAAGACUCAAAAAUUACGUUUCUUAAACGAUGAUAUUCUAAUAGAAAAAUCAAUCGAGAAAUAAUUCAACCGAGAAAUAAAAUAUCGCGAAACAUCGAUUGAAUUUUAAUUUAAAUUUUUUUCAUAAACAAUAACAGUAUUUAUUCAGAAUAAAUAAUCCUUAAGUACAUUCGUAAAUAGUUGACGUCAUUUUAACAACACUCUUUAAUUAAAUUGCGCUUUUCUUUAUCAAGUGGAAUUAUCAUUAAUUGCAAUUUUAAUUUAUUCGUACUUGUAAUUUUAUAAGCCUUAAUUAAAAAUCCGUUAAUUGCAAUUUGUUAUACAUAAUUUUAAAACCUUAAAUUAAAAUUCUGAAGAUGACUAACGAUUAUAAUUAGCUACAAAUUAUUUGAAAAGUAAAAAAAUCUAAAGUUUAAAAAAAUCUGCUUUUUUACGUAUAACUCAAAAUUUAUUGAUAUCUAAACUUUCAAUUUAAGGAAAAGUUGACUAAAAAUAUUGGUCAAAGAAUUUGUUAUAAACAACUUACACUUAAUUCUGAAGACUUGAAUAAAAUAUAUAAAAAUGAUAAUUCAUUUUUUAUUACAUUUUUUAUUAAGCAUUCUUAUAUAAAAUAUGACAAAUAACACAUUUAAAGUUAGAAGCUUUUAAUUUGUAAAUACUACUAAAUGUAUCUUACUAAAUAGAUAAUAUUUUUUGCAUUGUAUUAAGCAGUAGGACAUCGUAUUUAAAUAAUAAAUAUUUGUGUUUAAGUAAUAAAUAUUAUAAAACUCUGUUAUGUCAUGUAACUGAUUAAAGAGCAACUUUCGAAAAUAAAGCAUGCA